AUGUCUAAGGGAAAGAAUAAGAAUCGCGAAGCUAAGAAUGGGCACUCUGGGAAGGGUUCAAAUGGCCAUAGUUCGAGACAGAAUCAUAAACGAAUGGAGAUGAAGCGAGGUACAGAAGACACUAAAUUCCCAGUGAAGCUUGCUAUGUGGGAUUUCGACCACUGUGACCCGAAGAGAUGUAGUGGUAAGAAGCUGGAAAGACUUGGGCUGAUCAAAUCUUUGAGAGUAGGUCAAAAAUUCCAGGGCAUCGUGGUUUCCCCCAACGGUAGUGGUGUUGUUUGCCCUGAUGACAAAAGCAUAGUAGAGGAGCACGGUGCUUCUGUAGUGGAAUGUUCAUGGGCUAGACUAGAUGAAGUUCCAUUUAACAAGAUCGGAGGUAAGCAUGAGAGACUUUUGCCGUAUCUUGUUGCUGCUAACCAGGUGAACUAUGGUAGGCCAUGGAAGUUAAAUUGCGUAGAAGCAUUGGCUGCAUGUUUUGCAAUAGUGGGAAGGAUGGAUUGGGCGUCCGAGCUACUUUCUCACUUUUCCUGGGGGUUGGGAUUUUUAGAAUUAAAUCAAGAGCUAUUAGAGAUAUACCAGCAGUGUACAGACGCAGAUUCCGUCAAGGCAGCAGAGUCUGCAUGGCUUGUUAAGAUUCAGAAAGAGGUAGAAGAGCGUAAAUCACAGGCAAAGGACGAAGACAUCUGGAUGACCGGUAACGUCAACAGAAAAGGCACAACCUUCUUGGAUGACAAUGAAGAGGAAGAAUCUUCAGAAGUAGAAGAAUCAGAUGAAGAAGAAGAUAAUGGUAAGACAUUGAGAUAUGAUAGACUAGGAAACCUGAUAGAGUCAGACUCCGGAGAUGAAGAGAGCUCAGAGGAAGAAUUAGAAGAGGCAGGAGGAUCAGUGGAGAAGGUUUAUAUCUAG